AUGGCAGAUCAAUUCGGCAAACUGCUCUGGCCGACGAUUGUCGAUCAUCGCGCGCGAUCGGCGCCGAGCGAUCUUGUUGGGCUCAUUCCCAAAGGUUCCGACGUAGCCGAUGGCUAUCAGGAGUUGACCUUUGAUGGCCUCGCUCGUGCAGUAGAUGCUUGCGCUCACUGGAUCGAAAAACACGUCGGCCGCGCCCAACACCCCGAAACCAUCGCUUAUAUGGGCAGUAAUGAUGUCCGAUACUUGUUUCUCAUACUGGCCUGCCAUAAGACUGGCUACCAGCCCCUCCUCGUUUCUACCCGUCUAUCAGAUGAAGGUUACAAGCAUAUCCUUACUGCUACCCAUUGUCAAAAAUUCAUCUAUACGCCGGAUAAGCAGCGUCGUGUCUCCGAGAUCCAAGCUGUCCAUACCAGCACGGAGGUUUUCGAAAUUCCGUCCUUGAAAGAGCUUCUGGAGUCGAAUGCCUCCCCAUACCCAUUCGAAAAGAGCUUUCAAAUGGCCGAGAAUGAGAUUGCCAUUAUCAUCCAUAGCUCUGGCACAACAGGCAUGCCAAAGCCGGCACCUCUCACACACGGCUUCCUUGCGACUAUAGAUACUGGAGCCUAUCUUCCUCGUCCACAAGGACGCCGGGCAAGCGUAUUCUUCGACCUCGAGCCCGGCCAGCUAGUGCUGUCCACUACCCCGCUGUUCCAUCUCAUGGGGCUGAUGGCCUUCACUGAGUCCAUAUUUCACGGCAUCGCUUUUGUCAUGUGUCCGGAUAAACCGAUGUCUACAAAUUUGAUCGUCGAUGUGAUCCAGGCGACCCACCCCACCGCCGCUCUACUGGCACCUUCUCUCCUAGUCGACAUGGUUGACUCAUCCACUGCACGCGCGGCUCUUCGUACUCUCGAUGCCGUAUAUUUUGGGGGUGCGCCACUGGCCCCUGAGGUUGGCGAUGCCCUAGAAGCCGACACCAAAGUCAUUACCCUCUUCGGAUCCAGCGAGAUGGGCCUGCUCAGCUCGUUUGUGCCACAAGGCGAGAAGGUCUGGGGCUGCUUCGAAUGGAAUCCCGCAUAUGGGGUAAAGAUGGAACCUCAGGGUGACGGACUAUAUGAGCUUAUCAUUCCGCGAUGCCCUGACAGCCGUCGGAUACAUGGCAUCUUCCACACAUUUCCCCAUCUAAACGAAUACCAUACCAACGACCUUUUCGUGCAGCAUUCUGAGCGUCCCGAGCUGUGGAAAUAUCACGGCCGAAAAGAUGACCUUCUUGUUCUGUGUAAUGGGGAGAAGCUCAACCCAGUAUCGCUGGAGGAGAUGGUGGAGAGCCAUCCAUCUGUCAAGCAUGCCAUAGUGCUUGGUCAAGGUCGAUUCCAAACGUCACUAUUGGUUGAACCCAUUGCAGCCGUGGAAGACGAGCAUGCUUUUGUAGAGACCAUUUGGCCAAAGGUUGAGAGAGCAAACGAGACUGUGCCCAAGUAUGGGCGCGUCUCGAAGAACAAGAUUCAGUUGGCCUCCCCUGACAAGCCCUUCAAGUUGACGCCCAAGGGCACGAAGCAGCGGCGCACCAUCACCAGUGACUACCAGAAGGAGAUUGAGGCUAUCUAUGAGGCAAAUGAGGCAAAUGAGGCCGCGGACGUGCCACCGCUGCCCAAGUCGCUGGAAUUGGAGCCCCUCCGCGACUACGUUCGCAAUUUGGUCAUGAAGUUGCUCUCCCGUCCCGACAUCAAGAACGAGGAGGACCUAUACGAGGCCGGACUGGACUCGCUGCAAACCAUUCAGCUUGCCCGGGCAUUAAACACUGCUGUCGCCGCUCGAAUGCAGAAAGAAAUCACUUUUACCAUCAAUCAGCAACAUAUCUACGCCCACUCAACGACUGCACAAUUAGCUCAAUACCUCGCCGAUGUCCUCCAGGGUCGCUCCCAGACAAGCACCAUUCCACGGGCUGAGCGUCUCGCUAAGACGGUUGAAAAAUAUACUUCCCAACUCCCCCUCGACUUGCACUUCCAACCAAUCGUCCCAGUCAAACAACUGUCAUUCUCACCGGCUCUACUGGCUCCUUGGGCGGACCCCAAGGUUGCCAAAGUCUACUGCUUUAACCGCUCCGACAACGCACAGAGUCGUCAGCGUGCAGGCUUUAUCAGCAAAGGGCUUGAUCCUAGCUUGCUGGACGACCCUGCCCGGGUUGAAUUCCUCACUGUUUCGUUUGGGGCGGCCCAAUUCGGCCUUCCCGACGCGACCUACAGCAAGUUGUUAGGCUCAGUAAAUCUGGUUGUCCACAAUGCCUGGAAAGUCAACUUUAACCACCCACUGGAAUCUUUCGAAGACCCACACCUGCGUGGCGUGCUGGAGUUUCUGUGGUUCAGCCACCGUAGCGCCGCGCGCGCCCAUUUCACCUUCGUCUCCUCGGUCAGCACCAUCGGCGGGUGGGAUUCGGCUACCAUGGGUUCGACCGUGCCCGAGGCCCCAAUCGAGUCCAAUGCUGUGAUGGAGCAGGGCUACGGCGAGUCCAAGUAUAUAGGUGAGCAGCUAUGCUUGGCAGCUGCACGCGACGCUGGCAUCCCGACAACGGUACUUCGGGUCGGGCAGAUUGGAGGCCCUACAACACAGCAGGGCUUAUGGAAUGUUGAUGAGUGGCUGCCAAGCCUAGUGAAGACAAGUAUUGCAAUGGGUGUAGCGCCUGCCGAUCUGGGUGCGUAUCAGGUGGAUUGGGUACCUGUGAAUGUUCUCGCUCAGAUCGCCAUUGACCUCACCAGUACCCGUCUGGAUGAACAAGAGCGUCAUCCACAUGGAGUCUACCAUCUCGUGAACCCGAAUCAGGUCAAGUGGGACAGCUUGGUGCCAGCCAUCCAAAAUAAAUAUCCUGGGGUGAAGAUCAUGGCUUUCGAAGACUGGCUCCGCAAUCUGGAGGCCGUGCGUUCGCCCAGUGAGGAUGAGGUGCGCGCAAAGCCGGCGUUGAAGCUUCUGGACUUCUACCGGGCGCUGGCUGGGAGUGUGCUGUCAGCAGAAGUCAGCGUGAAGCAGGCGAGAAAGGGGAGUGCGACGAUGGCGCGACUUGGCCCAGUCACGCCGGAAUUGCUCGGAAACUGGCUAGAACAGUGGCAAUUUUAA